CGAAGCGAGGCGGCCGCUCUGCGUAGCGCGCGCCUCCCCCCCCGCGCCAUUCCCCCCCCGCCUCCCCCGCCCCCCGCGGCGGCGGCGGCGCUGGCGGCGGCGGCGCUGGCGGCUGCGCGCGCGCGAGGGCUGGGAGCGAAGUCCGAGCGGCGUCCGCGGGGCAGCGCGGCCCUCGGCGCCUGCCCGGUCCCCGCGGCGGGGUUUUGCCCGCCCCCUUCCUCCUCCUCCUCCUUCCCCUCCGCCUCCCGGUGCGGGCGCCGCUGCGGGCGCAGGGAGCCGGCGGUGGCGGGCCGGCGGGUGAGGAGCAGCGGGGCGGGGGCCGCGGCCGGCAUGUGAACCGGGGCAGCCCCCUCCCCGCCACGCGCACACCCCCUCCGGCAGCCGUUGGGCAACGGCCGCCCGCGGGCAACGGUCGCCCCCGGCCGCGCGCGCGCGCGCCCGCCCGCCCCCCCCCCCGGCGGGGGCUCCUUCGUGGGCAGCCGCCUGCGCCCCGCCGCUGCGGCGCCCCGUCCCGCGGGGGCCCGGCGGGGCGCCGCUCGCCAUGAAGAAGUUUUCUCGGAUGCCCAAGUCGGACGGGAGCGGCGGCGGUGGCGGCGGCGGCGGGACGGUUUGCGGCGGCUCCGGCGGGGGCGGCGGCGGCGUCGCCCUGGGCAAGGUGUUCGCCGUGGGACGGUACCAGGUCACCCCCGAGGAGCUGCUGGCCGAAGGUGGCUUCUCAACUGUGUUUCUGGUACGUACGCAUGGUGGAAUACGCUGCGCGCUGAAACGAAUGUAUGUUAACAGUGUGCCAGACCUCAACAUAUGCAAGAGAGAAAUUACAAUUAUGAAAGAGUUGUCUGGGCACAAGAAUAUUGUUGGAUAUUUGGAUUGUGCUGUUAAUUCUGUAAGUGAUAAUGUUUGGGAGGUACUCAUUCUCAUGGAAUAUUGUCGAGCUGGGCAAGUUGUGAAUCAGAUGAAUCAGCGUCUGCAGACAGGCUUUACCGAAUCAGAAGUAAUGAGAAUAUUUUGCGAUACCUGUGAAGCUGUCGCCAGGUUGCAUCAGUGCAAAACUCCUAUAGUUCACCGGGAUCUAAAGGUGGAGAAUAUAUUGUUAAAUGAUAGUGGAAACUAUGUUCUCUGUGAUUUUGGCAGUGCCACUAACAAGUUUCUAAAUCCUCAAAAAGAUGGUGUUAAUCUGGUUGAGGAAGAAAUCAAAAAGUACACAACGCUAUCGUACAGAGCUCCUGAAAUGAUAAACCUGUAUGGAGGGAAACCAAUUACUACUAAGGCAGAUAUCUGGUGCCUGUAUUUGUUUUUACAGGCACUUGGCUGUUUGCUGUAUAAACUUUGUUUCUUUUCCCUUCCCUUUGGAGAGAGUCAAGUUGCUAUUUGCGAUGGAAGUUUUACCAUUCCGGACAAUUCCCGAUAUACUCAUAAUAUUCAUUGUUUGAUAAGAUAUAUGCUUGAACCAGAUCAAGAACGGAGACCUGAUAUCUUUCAAGUAUCUUACUUUGCCUUUAAACUUGCCAAAAAGGAUUGUCCAGUGUCCAAUAUUAAUAAUUCUCCUGUCCCCUCAACUCUUCCUGAACCCAUGACAGCUAGUGAGGCAGCUGCUAGAAAAAGCCAAAUAAAAGCAAGAAUAACAGACACCGUUGGACCAACAGAAACCUCAAUUGCACCGCGACAAAGACCAAAGGCCAAUUCAAGCACUGCCACUUCCAGUGUGCUGACGAUCCAGAGUUCAGCAACGCCAGUCAAAGUACAAGUUCCUGGUGAAUUUGGUAAUCGUGGGCAAAAAGGAACCAUGCGACCCGGAAACGGACAAGAAAUGUUACUGCCCCAAGGGACCAAUCAGCACCAUCCACAGCAGAACCGAGUUCUUCAGCAGCUGCAGCAGGGGGACUGGAGAUUACAGCAGUUGCACCAUUUACAUCACCAGCAACAGCAGCCUGCAAUUCAGGACGCUUAUAUGCAGCAGUAUCAACAAGCAAUGCACCAGCAGAUGGUCCAACAGCAGCUGUUGAUGCAAUCUGUGUACCAGCAGCAGCCUUCCCAAUCUCAGUAUCCCGCUAUGGUGCAGCAAUAUCAGCAGGCUCUCAUACAGCAGCAGAUGCUUGCUCAGCAGCAACAGCAUUCACAACAGCCACAGUCUCCUGAAUAUAUCACUUCUCCACAGGAUUUCUCACCAGCCUUAAUCUCCUACCCUGCAUCGCUUCCAGUGCACGUUGGAACGGUAGUGGAUCCUUCUUAUAGUGCAAACAGGUCAGGUAUUCCUGAUGCUGAGGCAAUUUCCAGUUACCCAAAGCAGAGCAUCAGUAAUCCACCUGACAUGUCAGGCUGGAAUCCCUUUGGAGAGGACAAUUUUUCCAAGUUGACAGAGGAGGAGCUGCUGGACAGAGAAUUUGACCUGCUAAGAUCAAACAGGCUGGUGGACAGGAGAGCAUCUUCAGAUAAGAAUGUGGAGCCACAUUCUGCUCCACAGAACAAUCCUCCGGAAGAUCCCUUUGGUUCUGUUCCUUUCAUUUCUCACCCAGGUUCCCCCGGAAAACAAAUGGAUAACUUGGCCAGCAAUCGAGCAAAUAACUUAGGGACCCCUACCAAGUCUGGAAAACUGAGCCAUGCUUUUAGAGAUCCACGGCCAGGGAGGAAAACUGCAGAGGGACAAGUGAAAGGUGGUGAUGAGUCAGAGAGUGAUUUUGAAUCUGAUCCUCCUUCUCCCAAGAGCAGUGAGGAAGAAGAAGAACAGGAGGAUGAGGAAGUCUUGCAAGGUGAGAACGGAGACUUCAAUGAUGACAACGAUACAGAGCCAGAGAACUUAGGGCACCGGCCUCUACUCAUGGACUCCGAGGAAGAGGUGGAAGAGGAGGAGGAAGAGAAACAAAGUUCUGACUCAGACUCGGAUCGUACCAAGCGAAAAUCCGUGGAAGGGCUCUGCAGCAGUAGAUAUAGAGAGGGCAUUGGCAACAGUGAAAUUAAAGAACCCAAUUUAAUGCUCGCUUCCCCAUCUGAAGUGCCAAGUACGGUAAUCAAGGUGAGCUCUGGCCAAGAAUUUGAUGUGUUUGGGGCUGUGCCCUUUUUUGCUCUUCAGCCUCAGCCACAAGCAAGAGAGAAGAGUGACAAAGAUGUCCCUUCUCAGACUGCUUUUCCUGGCCUGAACCAAGAGCAGGAUGACUUUGAUGUUUUCACAAAAGCCCCAUUCAGCAAAAAGGUGGCUCAGCAAGAUGGCCAGGUGGUAGGAGCUGAGACUCAAAUCUCGCCUGCCUCUCCGCGGGGCGUAGAUAUUUUUGGCUGCACCCCAUUUCAGCCUCCCCUUCUCCCAAAGACCGGUGGGAGUAAAGAGGACCUGUUUGGCCUCAUCCCUUUUGAAGAGAUCACAGGGAGUCAGCAGCAGCAGAAGGUGAAACAGCAGCGUAACCUGCAGAAGCUUUCCUCCCGCCAAAGGCGCAUGAAGCAGGAAGUGUCUAAGAGCAACGGCAAGCGCCACCAUGGCACCCCGACCACCACUAAGAAGGCUUUGAAACCAAGCUACCGCACCCCGGAGAGAGCCCGCAGGCACAAGAAAGCGGGCCGCAGGGACUCGCAGAGCAGCAAUGAGCUCCUUACUAUCUCGGACUCCAAAGAGAACAUAAGCGUUUCGCUGACUGACAGCAAAGAUCGAACCAACCCUCUGCAGACGGACGAGAGUCUGCUGGAUCCUUUUGGAGCCAAACCCUUCCACCCUCCAGACUUGAUGCGACAUCCCCAGCAUCAAGGAUUUGGUGACAACCGUGGGGAUCAUGGUACAGUAGUAGUGGCUGGUAGACCUAGGCAGAGCUCCUUGCAUGGGGCCAUUCACAGUGGUGAUGGGCUAAAAACAGAUGACUUUGGUGCAGUACCCUUCACAGAACUGGUCGUGCAGGGUGCCCAGACCCAGCAGCAGCAGGCAUUAGAGUUGGACCCCUUUGGAGCAGCUCCGUUUCCUUCCAAGCAGUAAACGCUUUCAGUGGGGUUCCACCCCCGGCCCCCCCAUCUCUCUGGGUUACUUAAUCAAGGUUUUAACUAGUGGAAUAACUAGUGGAAUAAUUUAUCUGGUUGAAUUGAUAGGGAACUGGGUUGUACAGUUUACUCAAGUUAAAGAGGGCAUGGCCAGCUCACAUGGUGAAAUUCAGAAUCAUGGCAUGUUUUGUUGUUGAUCUGGAGAAAAACAAAGACAGGAGCAUCAUUUUGAUAUGACAGGUACUUCUGAGGACGUAAGAGAAAUCUGAUAUGAAUCAUUGUCUGUCACUGACUUUGUGGCCCUGGAACAUUUUGUCAUUCUGCACUUCUGCGUUGUCUUCUCAGUCCGACGUGAUGUGCUGAGAUGGAGGGCGGGGGAUAGGCAGAAGUUGCAUGAAAAAGGUUUUUCAUACGUACAAGUGGGCUAAAGGAAUUGGAAUGGGUUCUUUGUGUCUCAAUCGCAAUAGACCUAAGAACCUAAAUGUACUAAUAUCCAGAUUAAUCUGCUGGAAGUUGUUGAGUCUUUGCUUCCUAGAUGAAAGCUAUCUUUAUUAAUCAUAAAAUAAAGAAGCCAAGUCCUCCAAAGGGACUGUGGCCCAGAUCUCCAGAGCACAGCUGUGGCUUGGGACCUGGUAGUCAUCUAUGCAGCUGCAGAGAUGAAAGGCAGAUUUUUUUGUGUGUGUGCCUAAAUGUUCAGUUUCAUCAUUAUUACUUUUUUUACAGUAAGUGCCAUUAAUGUAAAAUAGCAAACUGGAAGUCUAGAGUUAAAACUAAAGAUGCAGAGAAUAUAAUGGUUUGUGAGACGAAAAGCGUGAAUGUAGGAAAGGAAACCAGCAGGGAUGCAGCCAGUGUUUGCAGCACUUUGAAGACUACUCAGUACGCUGGGGAAGAGAGGCUGGUUUCUGUGAAUGAAACAUCUGGCACAGAUGGAGUGUUUCAGAUUGCUUGUACAGUUGACUGUGAAAUGCAACCAUCAGUUCUAUUUGAUUAUGAGUUGGGGUUUGUGUCUGAAAAUACCUGUUCUUUUCCUCUUGGGUUUUUAUUGCAGAGAAAAUGUGUAUUCUUUCAGAACUUGUUGUUUUUUAAAACAAUAAUAAUUUUAUGAAAUGAUUGUAACCUUAUGUUCUUUUAAGUUGUGAUGAAUCUAUUAUUGUACUUAAGCCUAUUUUAUAGAACGUUUUGCUAAAUGCACUGAGCUUUGAAGAAACUUCACUCUGAAACCGGAUUUGUUUCAGAACAGAAGCGGUAAGCAGCAGGCAGCUUGCAGAUGCUGAUGGCUACUGUACCAUUAAACUGCAUUUCACACCGUGAAGCCUUACAGGCAGGAUUCUUGUCCUGCUGCAAAGUACCUCCAAGACAUUAGGUGCGUGAGACGUGGCUAAAAAACCUGGGAGCGUGCAGUGCCAGUAGGUAGAUGAUGGCGAAGCGAUGUAAUGAGACUUGCUGAAAACAAGAUUUAGUUACUUUGUUAUAAAAGCACAGGCUACCUGUAGGUGGGCCAGCCUCCCCAUUGCCUCACGACUUGUGUCAAGCCAUUUAUGCCUACUGCGCAGUGAGUAUGAAUCGGAAGAGCCCAAUUAGUCUACAUUUUUUCAAUGGCAAUCCUGUGGAGGAAGUGGAAGGAACUAGUUCCUCCGCUUAUCCCAGCUUGAUAUCCUGCUCUCCCAAAUGCUGAUGAACAGAAAAGUGAAUGUUUAUUUAUGGAGACAGUGUCUGUGGUUUUCCCCUCUCUCCUCCCUCAGCUCUACCAUGGGUAAAGUGAAAUAUUUAGGGUUGUACAUUUUUUCCAAGUCUACUUAAAAAAAAGUUGAGCUGGUUACACAGUCACGCAGAGAUAUGCUGCAGGAAUAGAGGGGGUGGAUUCCCUAAAAUAUUUUUAGAAAAAGCAUGUUAAACAUGUUUGUUUUUUUUUUUUUUUUUUUUUUUUUUUUUUUUUUUUUAAAUCACUUUCUCCUGUGGUGGUUUUAUUCCGUUGGUUUGAAAAAAUGCCUCAGAUACAUUUUGAGUUUUUCUCCUAAUCCUAGAUUUUGGAAGUAACACAUAUAUAGCUGUGCACCCUCAUUACUUUUAUCUUUUUUUUCUUUUGUCCUGACAAGGUGAAAUUGAAAUGCUAGAGCUCUACUUGCUUAAGUUUGCUUUUUUUCAGGGUUAGAAGUUAAGCUUUUAAGAGUAUGUGAGUAGAAAUGUUUCAACUCUAUUUGCACAUGAGUUUCUUAGGCUUUACUACUGUUCUCACCUGUUUUUUGUGCCAAAGGCUCUAAGAAGUGCACGCCAAGUUUGUAGCAUUUGAUGAUACUCAGGUUAACUGUGAUUUAUACUUUCCUAUGCGUGCUUAUUAGCUGCCUUCAUACAGUUUCCUUCUGAAACUUUACCUACCUGCCUAAUGAGUUGUUGGAACAGAAUAUUGCAGAAAAGUGGGACGGUUGGGUGGAAACAAAAUGAGACUAAAACGGGCAAGUGACCCAGAGUCUUAAACGUGGCUGAUGAGUCUUCACCGAAGCCCUGCAGCCGUUGCUUUCCCUGGAGUACAAGCAACUGAAGGGUUUGCGCAGCCGUUUAGCGUGGGAGAUGUGGGUUUAACACCAUGUAUGAGGAGCGGGUCUCGAUGACUCUGUCUGAAAGGAGAGGAGGUUGGCUGUUUGACACUGAAGAAAGGUUGUGCAUCAACGGUGGUUUAGGCCUAAGACUGACUUACCGUGGUCCUAAAUCUUCAGGUAAAUUAAGAAUAGAAGGAAUGACAUUGAUGUCAUUGCAUGUGGGGGAUUUUUUUUGUCUGUUUUUACUUCAGGCUGAGGAGCAUUACAGGUUUUUCUUGCGUGUAGUUUUUUGGCAGGGGGUUCUCAAGUGGUUUUACUGCAAUACAGGUGAGGUUAGCUUAUACACAGCAACUAAUAGAGGAAGUAAAAGCAAACCGUCGAGCCAAGUUAGCCUAGAACUGGCAUAAUGCCUCUGGCUGCUUAUUAGUUAUGGCCAAUGAUAUUUGCUUCCUAAUGGCCUUAAUAAACUUUGUCCUAUGUGUUCUCAUUAUGAAACAGGUUUUUGCAUAAAUUCUUUGGUUUUAGAGUUAGAAUUAUUUUAUCCUAUUUUUGUGACUGAAAAGAGAUUAGCAUGUCUCAAUAAGUUAACUUCGCAUGGUGGAUUGGGUUUGCAGCUUGGGUUUGAUUUCAGCUAAGAUGUACUAUCCAACAGAGACAAAAUGUGGUACUGUAGGGGAAUGUGAUGUCCUUCUGCAUGUAUUCAGUGUGCGUGUAUGUGUGUGUGCACUUUCCACCUUAACUGAAAUUCUGGAAAGACCUUGCUGUGUUAGAGGUGUACUGCACUGCCUGUGAAGAUAACGAUGCCAAGGUAAGGAACUGACAUUUCCCUUCCAACAGAGAGUAUCAGUUGAUUUAGAGCUUUUCUCUUAGUAUGUUUAAGGACAGAACCACAGAUCUGUCAGAAUCAGCUGCUUAAGAGAUUCUGUCAGAAGGUACUAAGAAGCCUUAAUGGUUGAGAUCAUUAAAAGAAAGAAAAAAAGACAUCUUUCUCUGCUAACUCUCAAAAUCAUAGUCUUGAGAUGUGCAUGAUUUCUUUUGCUGACCUGCGUAAUGUGGAACCCAUGAAUACCAGCUUUCAAGGAAAUACCUUUUAUUUAUUCUGGGUGUCCCAAUUAGUAAAACAAAGUAUCUACUGUGAAAAUAAGUUGAUAUAUUUACUACUGUGAGAAAAAGAGUUUAUCUGGAGAUUUUUAUACUAUAUGGUGUAUUUUUAUAUAUAAAAGUUAUAUAUAAAAUAUACACAUGCUCGCACACAUCAUGUAUCUCUUGAAGUUACUGUGUUUUGGGUAACAUUGCAGCCACAAUCAUUUCCAUGGGACUGAAAGAGUGAAUAUGAAAGAAAGCUGCGAAAGGAGCAAGAGGGAAAAGUGCGAAGGGCGACUGCUCGGUUAUGUUUUUGCUAUGCUUCUUUUGAGAGGAAGAUGGAGGAAGUUGUGUGUGUAGCUAAGUUUGUGACUAAGGCAUCACUUAAUACUAAAAAGCAUAAAAACUAUUUUAAAAUUGCUGGCAUACAGCUUUUAAGUGCACUUUCCUGAACUACACUUCCAUGUCUUGUUAGACUUCAAGUUUCUAAAGCUUUUUUGUGUACCACUAAAGAGAGAACUUUAACUUUUAUGUGAAAUUGAUGUAAGUCAUAAAAUACGUGCAGUUGUUAAAUAAACAAACGUGAUACAGUGA